CCCAGAGCGGUCCGGUCUGCUCUGUGCUAAAUCCCCGUCGUUUAAGUCAGUUUAAGGCGUUUUUUUUUUUUUAAACACACAUUGGCUGACUAGUUAAUUAUUUAAUAUGAGCGACAACGAGAAAGAUUUCAGGGAGCAGGUGAGUUGCGAUUAGCUGUAGAAUGAGAGAAUAAUAUUUUUUUGUAAAAGACGAUACGCUUGCUAACGUUAGCUCGCUUAGCUUAGCUGUUAGUCUCGUUUGCAGGUCUCGUAAUGGCAGCAAGUUUGUCCUCACACAUGAUUUAAGACAUUAUCAUAUUAUUAUAAGGCUAACCGUAGAGUUUUGUGUGUGUUUGCGAGUAAUAAAUCUUAUAAGAUAUUUAAAAUGUUCAUGCUGGUUGUAACAUUAGUUGCGGCCUGCAGAGCACAGUAGUCUGUAUGGUAACCCUAGAUCUGUGAAGGAUCUCGCGAGAGUCACUUUAUUUUUAUUUUAAUGCUCUUUCCAUAACUCUAACCAAAUCUUUAUGCUUAAAAUCUAACCGGACCGCAACCAUUACAUUAUCAUAUCAGUAGUCAUAUAUAUAUAAUUUUCGGUGUCAAACUAUGCGCACAUAUCUCGCGGGUAAUUCUCAUAUGUACGGUUACCGUUUAGAUACAGCCCAGCAGCUGGGAGAUGAGGCCGAGGCUGCACCACGCUACUUUAAUUUUUACCACUAAAUUUGUCCCAAAAAGCGUUAAUGUUAGCCGUUGAAAUAUCGUCUAACUGGUUAAUAUUAAUCUGUAUUGACCGCUAGUCGAUAGUCACCUUCAACUUUUGUAUCGGUAGCGUUAAAGGACAGGUUCACACAGCUGUGUUUUUUUCUCAAGUGUGUCUUAAAACAACAAUCACGUGUCCAUGUGAGCAGUGAAAGAGGUUCUCAUUGCUGUAAUCAUUCCCUCAUGUUCAUACUGGCUAUUAAAAAGAUCCCCUUUAAAUGUGUUUCAGUUCAAAAUCUGAUGUAAUUUUGGGCCAAAAUGCUUUAUCUGAACCUGUUAUGAGGCAUAUCAUAUUCCCUCUGUGUUUCCAUGUUGAGCUGCAGUGGAAGUAUAGUAACAAAAAGAGGGGAUUUGGCACUAAUAUUGAAAGAUUUUGACUAAUUUGGAGCUUCAUAUUUAGCUUCAGAUAAACUUUUAAAUACAUUUUUACACAUGAAGGAGGCCCUGUCACUCACAUCUUCUCAUGGCCUAAUGGGAUAUUUAAUAAGGCCUGACCCAUACUGGAUUUUUGGAAUUGCCAAUACUAAUAUUGGGGAGUAAAAUAAAUCUGAUAUCGAUAUAAUGGCCGAUAACACCUUUUACAAAGAUUACAUAUCUUUGUCACACGCAUUUUAAAACCACAUUUGAGAGAUUAAGACUUUUUUUUGGUAAUGAUCCCUCAAAUGUGGUUUUAAAAUGCUUACAAAGAUAUAAAAUAGGGGCCAUGAUAUUUUACAUUAUAAGUUGGCAUAUAUGACAUAUCUUUGUCACAAGCGUUUGAAAACCACAUUUGAUGAGAUAAAAUGUCAUCAAAACAAUCACAAAACAAUGUGAGUUUAUAUAUAAAUAAACUCACAUUGUUUUGCAAUGAUCCUUCAAAAGUGGAUUUAAAACGCUUGUGACAAAGAUAUGUAACGGAGGCCGUGAUAUUUUACACUUUAACAAACUUUAAUGAACAAAAUUGAAUUAAAAAAAGCAGAAUAAAAAAAAACAUGCAUAUAUUAAACUUAUUUUUAAAAAAUAAGGUCACAUUUACAUUAGGGAUGCACCGAAAAUUCGGCCACCGAAAAUCUCAAAAGCGCAUUUUCGUUUUUCGGCCGAAAUACUUUUAUCACCGAAACAACACGGCCGAAACAGCUAACUAAAGAGAUCAGUUCCUCUGAUGCAUCUGUAGCAGACGUUAUUCCUUUAAUUGCAGCACUAAAGUGUAGUACACUCUUAGAGUCUGUGAGCACACGUUUCACUGAGAUCUAUUUGGAUCCUCUGCACUUCAUCGCGACUGUACUUGAUCCGCGUUAUGAAGAUCAUUACCAGGAUGUGGGAUUAAAGCAGCGUGCACGAGAAAUGAUCCGGGCCGCGAUGGAUGCGGAGAACCCGCUUAGAGACAGAGAAGCGCACAGCACAGUAGAAGGUGUGUGUGUUUGUGUGACUAUAAAUGCAGCGCGUGUGAGAGUAAAGCGUGCUUAUAGCUCUGUGUUGCUGCUUAUUAGACCGAUUCCGAUCACAACCCUCCAUCAAGUGUAACACUAAGUGUUAUUUUUAACUUAAUUUUAUAUUGUGCAUUGUUGUAAUGUCAUUGCUAAAUAAAUAUUUUCAUACUUUUGUAAUUGAUUUAUUCUUUGAAUUGCAAUGCCUUGAUUUUAGUGAGGUUAGUACACAGUCAUAGCCAUAAAUGCAAUGGUACUAAUAAUUGGCAUAAUAAUUUCUUUCGGUUUUCGGCCUUGGUUUCCUCAUUUUCGGUUUUCAGUUUCGGCCAAGAAUUUUCAUUUCGGUGCAUCCCUAAUUUACAUAAUAUACUGCCUAUAUAAAGUUUAAUAUCGGCACAUUGUACAAUAUAUUCACUGAUACAUACGUGUCAUAAGGUCAAUAUCUGUCAAGCUCUGAUUUUAAUGGUCAGUAUAAUCAGGAGGAGUGAUUAUAGAAAGAAGCUUAUUUCAGUGUUCAUUUGGGCAGUUGAGUAUUAUUUUAGGACAGACUUGGAAAAAUUGUGAAUGCAUCCUUUAACCCUAUAUUUCUAGUUUAGGACCAAAUCAAGACGUAUAACAUACAUGCUAUAAUAACAUGUUAACGUAUGUUCUGCUAAUGUUGUUUUUCCUGGUUUUUUGCUGUUGUUUUUUCUUUUUUUGUACCUUUUUUGGUUUUUCACAGAAACCAACAUGCCUUAUCACCCUUGUUUGUUCUUUGUUAAGGUUGAGGUUGGAAGAAAGAAAAAACGCGGGAAGACGUUUCAGAUGUGAAGUUGUUAAUGUUUGAAGCUGAUGGUGUUGAUGCAUGCUAAUGUAUUGGAGAUGCUGAAAAGAAGCGGUCAAGAUCUGUCCCCACUACUACUACUACUAGAGUUGUAAAUGGCAGAUGAUGAUAAAUUGGGGGAAGAGGAGGAGGAGAAAGAAGUCAUAAUGUCAAACAGAAGAAAGAAGAAAUGAAGGGUUGUUUUGAAGUAAUGAAGUUAAAGAAGUUAUGAAGUUAAGAUCAGAAGUUUACCAGGGUAUGAGUAAUUUCCUAACAGCCUGCUAUGUUAUCACUCUUUCAUCCUGUUUCUUUCUCUAAAGCAUGCUUGAUUUUUUUUCCUCUCUGUAUCAGAUACAUCAGGUCAAUCCCUUUACACCUUUUUAGAUUAUUUAUGUUUUUAAUCUGCAUUUCAGCUAAAUUACUUAAAUCCUUCUUUAAUUGUUUGUUAUGUAUGACCUAUUCUUUAUAAGGAAAAUUCCUAAAUCUUUUCUUUCAAACCUGCUAAAUGCCUAAAAUGUGAAUUCCUUCUGAAAGGGGAAUGUAGAGGGUGAACGCAGUCACCCCCUGGCCCUUUUUUUUAUUCUUGUUAAUUGACGCACACUUGUCUGCAGAAUGGGUUUGAACUCAGUGUCUUGGUCUGUCCAGGACUCGAGGCCUGGCUCGAGGAGCGCCUCCCCUCGGGGCUCGGUGAAAUCCACCAGCCGCUCGCCAGCACGCUCCAAAGAUGGCUCCCGCCGUUCCAGGUCCAGAUCUCGUUCUCGAUCCAGGUCCAAAUCCAAAUCCAGCUCGCGCAGGCACUAUUCGCGCUCUCGCUCCCGCUCCCACCGACGCCGCUCCAGGAGCCGAUCUCGUAGCUGGGAGUACCGCCGGCGUAGGAGCCACAGCCGGUCCCCUAUGUCGAACCGCCGUAGACACAUCGGCAACAGGGCCAACCCCGACCCCAACACCUGCCUCGGUGUGUUUGGGCUGAGUCUGUACACCACCGAGAGGGAUCUGAGGGAGGUCUUCUCUAAAUACGGCCCUUUGGCUGACGUCAACAUUGUGUACGACCAGCAGUCGCGCCGCUCAAGAGGUUUCGCUUUCGUCUACUUUGAAAAUUACGAGGACUCCAAGGAGGCCAAGGAGCGCGCUAACGGGAUGGAGCUCGACGGACGCAGGAUUCGAGUGGAUUUCUCUAUCACCAAACGGGCCCACACCCCGACUCCUGGGAUCUACAUGGGACGACCCACAUACGGCGGCGGUUCAUCGCGGCGUGUCUCGAGGGACUACGACAGGGGCUACGAAAGAGGCUACGACAGAGGUUACGAACGUGACUAUGAUCGGUAUGAAGACCGGGAGUACCGAUCAUACAGACGCAGAUCCCCGUCUCCUUACUACAGCAGAGGAUACCGCUCUCGAUCCCGAUCACGAUCCUACUCACCACGUCACUACUGAGCUGUAAUAGAGUCAAAGAGAGAGAUUCAGUGUUAUUGUUUGGAUGCUUGUUUCUUUUUAUGUUUUUUUGCCCAGAUAAUUAUACAAUCAGAAAGCAGCCUAAGUGCAUACCUCCUCCAAAGGCCUCACAGCGCUCUUAAAUUUGCUUUAAUGUAAUAAAGAUUGCUUACACAAAUUUUUUGAAGCGGCAUGAUUAAAAACAUUUUGUGGCGGGUUAAAUCGUCACUACAUUUGUAGGGAAGAAUCAUGAUAAUUGUUUCAGUGGAGAUGGACAAUAUUCCUGAUAUGUGUCUACAACUGAUCACUUCUUCAUUGGCUCCAGCCCUAACUUUUCACCUCGCUUUAAUUGAAAUUUGUGAAGUAGUUUUUGCCUAUUGUGACAAGCAUGAAUGGAAAUACGACCAGUUUUGGCAGUGGUACUUAAACGGGGCUGGUUUGUGUAUCCGUGGCUUGACCGACUGGUGUUUAUAUAAGCAGGUUUUUUUCUGUGACAGUCGUUUAAAACAUUUCUCUUUUUCCUGUUUGUAUGUAGCCGGUCGCUGUGUGAAGCCGGCAAGACCUUAGUUUGCUCUCGGAUAUGUUUUAAAUACCAUGUUUCUUUUUAAUUUUGUCUUAUCGGUGCAAAGUACUUUUUUCGGUUGUUGUAUAUAAGCAAUAAAAAAAUGACUUGUU